AUUAGUAAUUUUUUUUGUCUUGAGAGUAGAAUUUUAGUUAUGCUUCUUCUUCACUUUUUUUCUCUGGUUUUUGCUUCUUCAUCUCCUCCUUCACUACUUUCUGCUCCUUUUUUUUUUUUUACAGAAUUACCUUCUUCAAAUUCUGUCUUACUUGCUGGUAAUGGAGACAAUCUUUUGAUGAACAACUGAAGGAAAACUAGUACAUUAGCAAGAUCUAAGGCCAGAUAUCAUGUCUGAUCGUGUUAAACAAUCACAUUCGGAUUGUGAUGGUAGAACCGGGAAGUCUAUACAUUCAGUUCAAUCUGUUUGGAUGGCACAUUGGACUAGAACAAGCUACAAUUCUACGGCAGAAACACAAAAUCAUGCAUCUGCUGCUCUUGGAAACAAGGAAAAUGACAAAGAUUCUAAGCCUCUCCAGUCAAUUGUUAAAAUGGAGACAAUGUCCUCUAAAUCCGUCAAAAGAUUAAGAGAAUCUGAAACUCAAACAUUUGAAGUCAUUAACGAGACAAGUUCAAGAACCAUUGCAAAAGAAACUCUAGGCAAUUGGUCCCUAUCAAUGCACAAUCCUUGUGAAAAUGUCAAAACUCCCUUCCAGGAUCCUUUGGAUUUUGGCAAGACUCAUCCAUAUGACAUUGGUCACCGCACUGUUGCAUCGAGGCCUUUGAUAGAUAAUCCAAGUCACUUAGCAUCUCAUAUUGUGCCAUAUCGAGAUCCUGGCCAUUAUGUAACUAAAGAAUCGGAAAAGACACAGAAAGCUUUCGUGAGCAGAUCAUUUCUAGCUGCAAAAGAAGAAGUGCCUAGACUGGGAAUGUUGGAGCAUGAACAUGGGAGAUUGGUCACUCCAGAAUUAAGGCAAAAUGACUCAUUCUUUCUGGAUGCACCCUCCACAAGCAAAAAACUUCUUCCAAAAAUGGGUGGAGAAGAGUUCCAGAAAAAUCCAGGAAGUUCCUUUGUCAGGUUGUUAAAAAAUGAACCCGGUCCUUCCCAUGUAACUGAACCAAAAGAGUUACAAAAGCUACCACAUCCAUUGCGUGAUGUAGAGACAAUGAGAACAAGCAAUACCGUGGACUCUGUAGUGGGAAUGACUGGAUAUCGUCCCUGCGUUUCUCAGACCAUCCAUAGUAUGUUAAUCACAAAAGGAGCGGAUGCUGGUCUGUUUGAAGGAAACAAUGUAAUCGGUAAUUCAAGGAUGUGGAAUAAAAUUAAUGGGAAAGCAUCAUUAAGUAGCUGUGAUAAGCAAUCUAAAUCUUUUGUUCAUUAUAAGGGAGGAAUGCAGCUUCAAAUUCAAAAUUGCUUCACAGGCAGUGAAAGAAAAGACAAUAUAGAAGACAGAAAGCGUUCUGAAUUUGUGUUAAAGAAUGAAUCUUCAGCUGAAACUGAUACCAUGGACAUGGAUGUGUUUCAGGAGAAGAACCAGCUUUGUGGUACAAGUUCUUCUAUAGCAAAGAAGGUGAACAAAAUGGACCAAACUUUGCCCCGUCAACUUGCACUUGAAGGCUCCAGGAAGGAAGCUGGACACAAACAGCUCAAGUUGGAUAUAAACUUAGAGCUCCCUGCUCCAACUGAUAAUAUGGAGGCAAGUUCUUCCAGAACUGAAAGUUUCGACUUGGGAUCAAUACUGGCCCGUGCUGAACAACCCAGUUCAUCAAGAACUGAUUUCUGUCCCGAAGGGCUUCUUGGACAUGACCCAGGUAGUAGAUGGGUUAAGCGCCUCAAAAUGAGUGCUUGCGGUUCUUUGGCUUUUGGUACUAAAAGCUCCAGUUUAGUAGGAGAAACAUCUAAUGAGAAGUCACACAAGUUCCUCAAUCAAAUUCCUAAAGGAACCAUAGCUAACUCUGAAUUAGCAUCAUCUAGUAAACGUCAUGGUAAAGAAUUGAUGGUUCACGACAACACUGCAAGCUUAGCAAUGAACUCUAGUACUGCUUCUAUGAGUGUUAUCAAGAAAGAUCUAGAGGCUUUGACUUCUCAUUCUUGGAUUCAAAGGUUGCUUCAUGAUAGGACUACCAAUGCACCAAAGAGGCCCCAACCGGUGGUGGUUUGUGAGCCUCAAACCUCAAAGUUGGAGCUCGAUGAUUUCCAGAAGAAGCAACUUCCAAGCCUUGGUGCCAUGGCCCUCAUGGGUAAGGCAAUGAAUGGUUUUCAGCCAUGUGAAUAUCAUAGAAAAGGCCCUUUAGUUGUUUGGAACACUAAGAGUUUCUGAAAAGUCAAUAGUUGGCGCUAGUAUGUAUUUUUAUCUUAUUUUUCAUUUGGACUUCUGUAUUUGCCUAGAUGGUGGUGCUUUGUAUUUAAACAUAACGAUGCACAGAUACCUUGUUUCUCAAACAAGCUACUCGUCUGGCUUCUUUCAUCUGCAUGUAUACAACUAUUUACAACACUAAUUACAUGCCAAAAAGGUUCGUGAUUGAAUA